GUUGUUCGUGGCAAAAGAAACAAAAUAUCGAUCUCGAAAUAUCGAACAAUCUUGAAAAUUACAUUAAAAAGACCGGAAAAGCCGAACAUAUGUUGUGUCGAGCGAUAGACACUCAGAUUAACGGUGGAAAUGCUUUUGGAGAAUUUGCUAUUGAAGUUACUUUAUUUUUUAUUAGAAGUUCGAGAGAUUAUUUGGCGCCUUUUAUGAAUAUUUCGUUUGAAGAAUAUGACAACUUGUUGAAUGAUGCUGAAAGUGAACUAAUUGCUGAAGAUAAUAAAAUAACAUUAAGAAACAAACAACUACUUGUAAGAAAGAAGUAUGUCCUUCUGGAUAAAAUUAUACAUACUGCAUCUAGUGCUAAAUAA